CCAAGACCGGUCGCCAUCUUUGUUUUGUCGAGUCCCCGGAUGCUUUUCUUGCUUCUUGUUGUUUGUCGCACCAAAGGCCACGCGUUCCCGCCAUAAAUUUGCACAAUGUCCGAUAACGCUGACGCCAAGCCAGAGGGUGAGGGGAACGAGUACAUCAAACUUAAAGUCGUAGGCCAGGAUUCCAAUGAAAUCCACUUUCGGGUGAAAAUGACUACUCAAAUGGGCAAACUAAAGAAGUCUUACAGUGAACGUGUUGGAGUUCCGGUAGCAUCACUCCGCUUUCUCUUUGAUGGACGACGUAUAAACGAUGAGGAGACUCCCAAAGCGCUGGAAAUGGAAAAUGACGAUGUUAUUGAAGUUUACCAGGAACAAACUGGAGGCCAUUGAUGUAACACAUUCCCACGAGUGUAGGACUAAGGCUAUGUUAGGUUAAGGAAGUUUAUUUUUUGCCACACAAGUACCUUUAUUUUUUUUCUGAUUGAAAAAGUUUGCACAGACCCAGCUAUGUGCAUCUGUGGUUUUUAGGUAGAAUUUUGUAUGAGUCUCCUACAGUGUAUAUGCAGUAUAUAGUAUUGGUGACUGAAUUUAAAAAUUAAUAAAAUUUCCUUGAUUGUGAUACUCCUAAGUGGAUGGUGCAAGUAGAUUAUAGAAGUGUAAUUAUACUCAAAAUUAUGUUGAAGUUAAUAAAAAUAAUUGUCAACUUUUUUUCAGGCUUAAGUACUGGAUGCUAUUUUCUUAUUUAUAAAUUAAGCAUUGAAUACUAUUGGUAGACCAUCUAUGGCUCAAAGGUUUUAUCACAAAUCAUUUAAAGUUUUGACCCAAAAGAACCUUGUUAAACUGUACAGUACAAGGUUUACAAUUAGCCGAUAGAUAACCUUUCAUGUGUAUGGUUUUUGUGUAUUAGAUGCAGCUGGACAUCUUAAUUGCUGUGAAAGGAAAUAGACUCUAUGAGUUUUAUGUGUAAUUCUUAUUCAAAUACAUUCUGAAUUUGCCCCAUGA